UAUAAGUAAAUGUGAGGGGUUUGAAGGCUCAAAUUGCGAAACAAUGAGAAGAAAACUUUGAACACACUCAAUAAAGACAAGAACAGAAUCACAAUAAGAUAUCCUUUGUCAGGCAAAAUAAAGACAACAGAUAUGAAAGUGAAUUGUUUAAUCCAGGCAACAUUGGGCAGCCUUCUUAUACAGGAUUUUGCCUUGCAACAAGAUACUGCCAGGAUCUUUAGAGCUGGUAUUAGAGUAACUAGGUGCUUAGUGGAGUUGCUGUCACAGAAAAACAAUUACAAAUGUCUGUUGAGUGCUCUGCUACUUUGUAAAAGCUUCAAAGCCAGACUCUGGGAAGAUUCAAAAUAUGUCAGCAAACAAUUAGAUGGAAUAGGUCCCACAUUGUCCACUGCUCUUGUAAAUGCCAGAUUGACAAGUUUUGAGAAAAUAGAGGAGACAAAUCCAAGAGAAAUAGAGCUGAUAGUAAACAGACAUCCACCAUUUGGUAAUCAAGUAAAAGACAAUAUUUCAAAGCUUCCAAAGUACGAGCUGGUCAUAGAACAGGUAAUGAGGUACAGUGAGAGUGCAGCAGAGAUUGUAAUCACCUUACAGAUAACAAACAGAGAUACAAUGAAGGAGAGCAGUACUGGGCAUACCUGUACUCUGCUUGUUGGCGAUGAAGAUAACAAGGUCUUAUACAAGCAAAGAGUAAUGGAUGCUCUGUUACUGAAAGAGAAGUCUUGGUCAAAGAAAUUGGAGGUUAGGAGGGCAGAAAAAGGUCCUGAAUUGUCUUUGCAUUAUAUCAGUCAAGACUGGGUUGGAUUAGAUGUAGAAUGUACAUAUACACCUAAUUACUUGGGAGGUAAAAGAAUAACAUCAUCAUCUACAGGAAAUCAGCAGGCCAAAUCAGCUGUAACUGCAGGCAGCUGUGCCACCACCAACUUGCCUUGUAUGCAUACAUGCCACAACAAGAUGACCUGUGCUCAUGAAUGCUGUAAACAUGGAAUUUCCUCAAAACGUAGAGGUACUUCAAACCAGCAGACCCCAAGGCCAGUUUCAACUAAACGUGUAGCAAGUCAUUUAGAGGAACUCAAGAACAGGGCUGCGUCUUUACCAACAACACCUUCUGUGAACAAGAGAAUGAAGUUACAGGGUAAUGGCAAUGCAAGCAGAACAGAUCUAACACAGUUUUCAUAUGCACCAAACAGAAACAACCAAGACUUUGUUUAUCAAGCUGCGGCCAUGCCAGAUAAGGAAUUCGGUUUAUAUGUAGAGCCCAGUAAUGACUUGAGUAGGCAUGUUGGGCAAGAAAGUCGGACAUUUAAACCAAGACAGCAGAAUAUUCCUAGACAUAAGAAUGACUGGGAAGAACUGGACAUGUAUGCUGAGCAUAGGCAGACAUGCAAUCAAGAUGACAUUAUUUUAAUUGAUGAAGAAUCCUUACCAGAUCUGGAAGCUAUGCAUGAGGAGUUUGCUGGCAUUAAUCCCAACUGGGCCUCAGUCCCGAAUGGUGAAGAUGACUUUGCCCACGAGACAGAAUAUGGUUAUGCAUAUGUUACUGGUGGAGACAGACCUGAGCCUCCUUUAGAAUGGGAUGAUAGAAUUAAUGAGCAGUGGCACAAGGAUAGCAGAAAUCAUUGUGAUGAUGCAGUCCACCAUGAUGUGAGACAAGGAAACACUUACUCAGUGCGAAGACAAUUUCAAGGUGGCAAUGAUAAAUUAGGCUGCAACAGAAGUGCAAAGAGACCUUCAUUUAGGAAACAGCCAGUGCAUUGUACAAUCCUAGCAAACUGA